GGCAAACAUGCCGGAAGCAACCCCAGAUGAGACUCCAGUAUGCUAUGCCAUGUCAAAGUUUCUGGACAACAGUGGGUUUCUGAACAUUCAGCCACGAUCUGGUUUUCCAUUGGAGGUUCUCAAUUUCUGGCAGUAUGUGGGAAAAUACCCCAUUAGUGCAGCUGGGUUAAUGAUAAAUUUGACAAGCAGACUGAUCUCAUUAGAAACUAGUCACGGAAUGCGACCUCUCGAAUCAGUCCUGAAAGAGUUACAGUUAUACCCGUAUGAGUAUUGGGCUAAGCAAGUCCCUAAACUCACUACAGACCAGCAGGUAGUUGCACAUGCCUUGCAGCAGUGUAUUGUUCUCACCCAGUAUUACGUAUUACUGUUUCAUCCGAUACAACCGGGUGCUACUGAAGCUAAGAACUUGUUUAUGCAAUGGCAAGCUGCUCGAGUCAAUACAGCUACUGAGUGCGAAAAGCGAGUGUUGCGUGCAAUGAGCACGGUGAACGGUUUAAAAGACACCCACAAGUUCCUGGAUGUCAGGAAUCUAGUGGGAUGGUGCUGUAGGAACAGUAAAUAUGGAAACGUGGGCAAACCUCCACCCCCCUUUAACAUCAACACCAACGCAGCGUGUGAGUCACUACACUACCCCUAUCUGUGUCACAGAAUAGCCAGCUCCCAGGAGGACGGGAUCACAGUACUCAUCUUCAUAGUACAGCAACUAGCCAGGGUCGAUGAUCCAGCAGUGGUUUCUUCUUUAAUCAGUAUUUUCACUGACGCACUAGCCCUCGUACCUCACGUGCCAGAAUCUCUCCUCUCCUCAGCUUACAACGCUGUUCUAGGGUUCGUGUUGUGGCCAGCUCCGCACAGUCAGAUGGCUCUGCACCUGCUAGACUUGCUGUUUGUUGAGAUGAGGGUGCCUGGCACUGCUUUCAGGGAACAUCUCCUGGCCAGCAAUCAUCUGUCUCUAAAGAGGAACGAGCACGUAUAUUUUACCCUGGACACCUCCGUGGAUAACUCGUGUCAGUUCCACGAACAGAUCCAGUUAGCAGCCCCCGUUAAUCAGGAACAGGUUCUGCGCGCUUUUCUCGUUCACAGCUGCACUGGUCUCGGUCAGAAUAAGAUCUCUUAUCUCAAACAGGCCCUGCAGGGGCUAAACUUCGACGAUCUAAACCUUGUAUCGAGUCUGGUGUACGAUAUCCAGCAGCAGUUUGCCAGAGAGGAAGACGUGGAAUUAGCGAGGAAGACUCUUGAUGAGACACUUUUCAGUGUAUUUCACCAUGUGAUCAGUGAGGCGCCUGUCACUAAAGACCUGUACCAAGCUCCCUGUACCUACAUGCAGUUCCUAGCAUUCGACAGUAGUAUCCCUAUACACGCUAGUAGAGCCCUCGAGAACAUCAUCUACAGUGUACGAGACAAAGUCCUCCACACCUCCAGACGUAACAGACCCUACCUAAACCCAUGUGACUCUGUAGGCAGUAUGCUCUCCUACGAGGUCCAGAGUAUGAGCUCAUCCUACGCGUUCCUAAACGGACGGUGCAGUCGGAGCGAGAGUAACGCCAGUGAAACUACAGAUUUACAGAGCCAAGUAUCGGAUAAUAAGGAGAUAUCAGCUGAUAGCAUCUCGGUCCAGAUCAGUAACUUGUUGGACGGUUUUCAGGAAUUUCUUGAACCAGAAAACGACCUUGAAGACACCAUAAACGAAGAAACCAUAUCCUCCAACCUGAUGAAGUUCAAAAGCAACAGAGACAGCGCAGAGAGCGAGGACGACUCAUUGUUUCAGGACACAGGGUUCGGUAGUUCUCUAGAUCUGGAUGCUCUGUCUGAGAGGGAGGAGACGCCUGUCCUGUCGCCUAGCCUCAUCUCCGAUAUUGAUGCUGAGGAUCUCAUGAGAAAACAGCAGCAGUUCUCCAUGUUCCACUCCCGGUCCUCUCUCUCCAGCUCCAAGUCCUCCAGCUCCGUAUACUCCACCCCCUCCACAAAACGCCCCACCAGCUGGACGGGAGACGACCGGGUCCUCACCGUCUCUCAGCUCGUCUGUAACUGGGUCCAGGCCAACAAAACCUCCUUCAACUCCGACCAGGAGCAGGAGAAUCUGUGUCUCAGAUGUGGCAAACCUCACGACAAGGUUAAAAUCGCACUUGUUGGGAGUGAUCGAACUGUUGCUGCCAUGGCUACGUCCUACAGCGAAAUGUUGUCCCAGUCAACCAAAAAAUGCGGGAAAUUAGACCUAGAGUUUUAUUAUGUUCCACUAAGGACACACACGGUGCCUCACAAAAACAUAGAAAUCAGUCAGUACAAGAUCUACAUAAAAUCAGAGUACAAUCUCUCAGACUACCUCUGUCACAUGGACCCCAUGUACGCUCAGCGUCUAUUUUACCCCGUACACACUGUCCUCCGAAUCCUGCCCUCCAUCAAACCCUGCCCGGACUCCCAGGAAUUUGAGAAGACAACCAAGGACCCGGCUCUCAUCCUGCGGAGUAGUAUAAACAGUUACCUGCUCCACGCCCAUACCCCUUACCAUUUGUCAGUGUAUAGGGUGGAGUUGUGGAAGAAUGAAGUGAGUUACACUGCUCUGACUAUGACGCAGUGGUUGGAGGUAGGGUUCCCUGCUUCUGUUCAUGAUCUUCCUGCCAUCCUCGCCCAGAAGAAAAAGCGAAGGAAAUCUGUCAAGACAAAAGAUUUGAAGCUUUCCUCAGCAGACCUUUCGUUUGUACCACCAGAAUUGCACCUCAAGUUGGAACUGCAGUCUGGCGGUUGUUCGAGUCCACUUCCAACUGGAGGUACCUACUGGUCGAUAGUGGCUGCUAACGUACCCCGACCUGACCUCACCAACCGGCCCCCUGACCCUCAGUCAAGCUCACUUAGUCUCACUGUUAUUGAGGCUAUCAGCAAGAGCAAAAACAAGGGUAUGGAAUUCCUCCCAUCAGAAGAGAUUAAAGAGUACCAGAUUGCAAGCAUGAACAUAGAGUCAGAGUCUACCUUCGAUAUCGUCAUAGACCAUUACAAGUACACCCAUAUUAAAAAAGUCCACAUAACACCCUGGCACUCCGUCCAAAACUCAGAACCUACAAACAUUGUCUUCCCCCUCAGAAUAUGGUCGGCUGUAGACCACUGACACAGACUUUAAGAUCUGUGUCGUGACAAGUGUGUCAUGAUAGGGUCCCCCCUUUAAUCGAACAUUGAGACUCGCCCAAAACGUACGAAUUUCAGUGACUGCCAGUGGGCAGUUUAGAAUGUUUUAGUGGCCAUGAACAUUGAGUACUUGUGUGAAAAAUGUUUGAAAAGAUCAUCGUCCUCUAUAUUUGGAGUUUAUCGUGAAGAAUAGAGUGGAAAUUCGAAUGGCCAUACUUAUAUUAAAACUGGUAUUAAUUGAUUAUCGGUUAAUCGAUCCUGAGAUCAGUGGCCUGGCAGUUUUAUUAAGAGAAAUUCGUUGACUGAUUUAAGGGAUUGUCAAAUGUAGCUGAGAAUAUCAAACUGAGAAUGUGCAACCAACUCAUUGAUAAACAGAUGGAAUAAUAUAGAUUGUGAUUUUUUGUGUCGUUACUUUUCAAAUGAUGCUGCUAGAUUUUUUAUUGGCGUUUACAUCUACCAUCGUGAUACUGAUAGCAUCUUCUUAGCUUAAUUUUUAAUAAGAAGAGAUCUGAGAUUGUUAAGAUAUAUGUUGAUUUGAUGACUUUGAAUGAUGUAAUUUUGCUAAAAUUUGUUAUACUUCCUAUAUUGAUAUAAUUGCUUUG